CUUCCCCGUGGCCACGCUAGACUCGGGCUGGCGCACCGAUCUCGGUCUUCACCACCACCCUAACUCUCUACACGGCUCUAACCGCGGCUUCUCGCGGCCAGGUCCGGGUGGCCCAAGAAACAGCGUAGACCUGGUGCGUAUGCUUGUUAGCCGGAAACCAAGAGACUGAAAAAUCCUAGGAAGCGCGCGCGCGCGCGCGAAGUGAGGGUGCCGCAAGCUCCGGCGCCUGCGUAUUAAGGUUCGAGGCCGACGAAGCUCGGUGAAGCCCGUGGCUCGUCUGGAUUCGCAGCGGAGAGCGUGCGCAGGGAAGAAAGGCUUGCGCGUGGCUAGGGUUAGGCCACCAACCUUGCCGGACUCCCCGUAGAGAGGGCAGCAGCAGUUCUUUAUUCACCAUGCGCAACUUAAAGUUACUUCGGACCUUGGAAUUCAAGGACAUUAAGCUUCUUGGGAAACCCCAGUGCUUUUCCCUCCGGACUGAACAGGGGACACUGCUUAUUGGCUCAGGAUAUGGACUUAUAGAAGUGGAUCCUGUUGCAAGAGAAGUAACCUGUGAGAUCCCCUUGAUGUCGGAAGGUUUUCUUCCAGAAGACGGCAGUGGCUGCAUUGUGGGUGUCCAGGACCUGCUAGAUCAGGAGUCGGUGUGUGUGGCCACAGCUGCAGGAGAUGUUCUUCUCUGUAAUCUCAGCACUAGCCAGCUGGAGUGUGUUGGGAAUGUUGCCAGUGGUUUGUCUGUUAUGAGUUGGAGUCCAGACCAGGAACUUGUUCUUCUUGUUACAGGCCAGCAGACCUUAAUUUUGAUGACCAAAGACUUUGAACCUAUCAUGGAGAAGCAAAUCCAUCAAGAUGAUUUUGGAGAAAGCAAAUUUAUCACUGUUGGAUGGGGUAAAAAGGAGACUCAGUUCCACGGAUCAGAAGGCAAACAAGCUGCAUAUCUCAAGCAAAUGAAUGAGCAGCCUGCUUUGCCUUGGGAUGAUCAUAGACCUCAAGUUACCUGGAGAGGGGAUGGACAGUUUUUUGCUGUGAGUGCUAUUUGCCCGGAGACAGGAGCUCGGAAAAUCAGAGUUUGGAACAGAGAGCUUGUUUUACAGUCAACCAGCGAGCCAGUUGCAGGACUAGGGCGAGCACUGGCAUGGAAGCCUUCUGGUAGUUUGAUUGCAUCUACACAGAAUAAACCUAACCAGCAUGAUGUUGUGUUUUUUGAAAAAAAUGGACUUCUUCAUGGAGAUUUUAUACUUCCUUUCCAGAAAGAUCAGGUAAAGGUAAAUGAACUACUUUGGAAUUCAGAUUCUACAGUUCUUGCCCUUUGGCUUGAAGACAUUAAUUGUGAAAAGAAAACAGAGUCAACAUCCUAUGUUCAGCUGUGGACAGUUGGAAACUAUCACUGGUACCUUAAACAAAAUCUGCAUUUUAAUAAUUGCAAAAAGAGCAAGAUUGCUACCCUGACGUGGGACCCAGUGAUUCCAUACAGAUUACAUAUACUUUGUCAAGGAUGGCAUUACCUUUGCUAUGAUUGGCAUUGGAAUACUGAUCGGAGUUCAGGAGAGAAUGCACGUGACCUAGCAAAUGUGGCUGUCAUUGAUGGAAACAAGGUAUUGGUGACAGCUUUUCAACAUUCUGUGGUGCCUCCACCUCUCUGUACCUAUGAGUUGCAUCUUCAGCAUCCUGUGAACCAAGUUGUGUUCUGUGCACAUCCUAAAAAAAGCAAUAACCUUGCUAUUCUUGAUGCCAGUAAUCACAUUUCUGUCUAUAAAUCUGAUGGUACUACAAAUUCAGACCCCACAGUGAAAAUAGGAGCUGUCGGAGGAAAUGGAUUUAAGGUUUCUUUUACAACACCCCACCUGGAAAAAAUAUACAAAAUUCAGUUUGAAAAUAGAGAAGAUCAGGAAGUAAAUCCCCUGAACUUGUGCCUUCUCACUUGGAUCCAAAAAGCUAUUUUCUUGGCUGUCAGUCAUUGUCAAACUAGUCCAAGCUCUGUUGUUCACCAUUUGACUGUGGCCCCUUCUGAGACAGAGAACAAAAGUGGAUGUCUAAAUAUCAGCUCAUCAGUGACUGUGGAUGGAGUUGUGAUCAGCCUGUGUUAUAAUCCCCAAACUAAGUCAGUAGCACUUCAAUUAGCUGAUGGACAGAUUCUCAAAUAUCUUUGGGAAGCUCCAACUCCUGCUGUUGAAACAUGGAAGGAUCGUAGUGGUUUUGCUGUCCAGUUUCCCUAUCCGUGCACACAGACUACACUGGCUGUGAUAGGUGGUGAAGAAUGCAUCCUAGGACUGACCGACAGGUGUCGCUUUUUCAUUAAUGAUAUUGAGGUUGCAUCAAAUAUCAUGUCAUUUGCAAUAUAUGACGAAUUUUUGCUGCUGACAACCCACUCUCAUACCUGCCAGUGUCUCUACUUAAGAGAUACUUCUUUUAAAGCUUUCCAAGCAGGUUUGACUAACAGUACUGCCUCUAAUGAGGAAACUCUACGGAAAGUGGAAAGAGGCUCCCGCAUUGUCACUGUUGUGCCACAGGAUACAAAGCUCGUACUACAGAUGCCGAGAGGAAACUUAGAAGUUGUCUAUCAUCGAGCUCUGGUUUUAGCUCAAAUUCGGAAGUGGUUAGACAGACUUAUGUUUAAAGAAGCAUUCGAAUGUAUGAGAAAACUGAGAAUUAAUCUAAAUUUAAUUCAUGACCAUAACCCACAGGCAUUUCUUGAAAAUGUGGAAACCUUUGUAAAGCAGAUUGAUUCUGUAAAUCAUAUCAACCUGUUUUUCACAGAAUUGAAGGAAGAAGACAUUACAAAGACUAUGUAUCCUUCUCCAGUUGCCAAAAGUAUCCAAAUGACCAGAGGUCCUGAUGGUAAAAAAGUAGACCUUAUCUGUGAUGCCAUGAGAGUAGCCAUGCAGAACAUAAAUCCUCACAAGUACUGCCUAUGUAUACUGACUUCUCACAUAAAAAAGACUAAACCAGAACUGGAAAUUGUCCUGCAGAAGGUCCAUGAGCUUCAAGGAAAUACUCCAUCUUCUCCUGAUGCUGUGAGUGCAGAGGAAGCCUUAAAAUACUUAUUGCUUUUGGUGGAUGUCAAUGAAUUAUAUGACCAUUCUUUAGGGACGUAUGAUUUUGACUUGGUGCUUAUGGUAGCUCAGAAGUCACAGAAGGAUCCCAAAGAAUAUCUUCCAUUUCUAAACACACUUAAAAAGAUGGAAACCAAUUAUCAACGGUACACAAUAGAUAAGCAUUUGAAACGGUAUGAAAAAGCCAUUGGCCAUCUCAGCAAAUGUGGACCUGAGUAUUUUCCAGAAUGUUUAAACCUGAUAAAGGACAAAAACUUAUAUAAUGAAGCUCUGAAAUUGUAUCCAUCGAGUUCUCAACAAUACAAGGAUAUCAGUAGUGUGUAUGGGGAACACCUGAAGCAAAAGAAUCUUUUUGAACAAGCAGGACUGGUAUUUGCCCGCUCUGGUGCUUAUGAGAAAGCUUUGGAUGCUUUUGUGACCAGUGGCAGCUGGCAGCAAGCCUUCUGUAUGGCAGCUCAACUAAACUAUACCAAUGACCAAUUGGCUAGUCUGGGUAGAACUCUGUCAGGAAAAUUAGCAGAGCAGAAGAAACUCAGUGAUGCAGCCCAAGUUUUAGAGCAGUAUGCCCAGGAUUAUGAAGAAGCUAUACUGUUGCUAUUAGAAGGAGCUGCUUGGGAAGAAGCACUAAGAUUGGUUCACAAAUACAACCGACUUGACAUCAUAGAGACUAAUAUUAAACCUUCCAUUUUAGAAGCCCAAAAAAACUACAUGGUACUUAUGGAUUCUCAGACAGCCAUUUUCACUCGCCAUAGAAAGCGUUUCCUGGUUGUUCGAGAACUAAAGGAACAAGCACAACAAGGGAAUCUGGAUGAUGAUAUGCCAAAUGGCCAGGAGUCAGACCUCUUCUCUGAAACUAGCAGUAUCAUGAGUGGUAGUGACAUGAGUGGCAGAUAUUCUCAUAGUAACUCCAGGAUAUCUGCGAGGUCCUCCAAGAAUCGCCGAAAAGCAGAAAGAAAGAAGCACAGCCUGAAAGAGGGGAGUCCCCUUGAAGACCUAGCCCUUUUGGAAGCCCUGAGUGAAGUGGUAAACAGCAUUGAAAAAUUGAAAGAUGACAUUUACCAGCUUUUAAAAGUACUCUUUCUCUUUGAGUAUGAUGAACAAGCAAGAGAGUUACAGAAAAUGUUUGAGAAUACUCUGCAUCUGAUGGAAAGUUCAAUCCCAGAAAUUUGGACACCUUCCCGCCAGCAGAAUCUAACUAUUCCUGUUCUAGGUCCCAAUUCAACUGCAAACAGCAUCAUGGCUUCCUAUCGACAGCAAAAGGCUUCAGCUCCUGUAUUCCAGGAUGCAGAACUUUUUAUACCUCCAAAGAUCAAUAAAACUAUCCAGUGGAAACUGAACCUUCUAGAAUAAUAUUGCUGCUAUUUGGAAGUGCUUUAAGGAAAAAUGCUGAGACUACAUCAUUUGAAGAAUGACUCAACAAACUCUGGUUUAUGAUGUAAUGGAAUAUUAUGCUGUGUAGAAGACAGAGAACUCUGGGGGAAAGGUGAAAUAACUUGCUAAAUCUGGAAAAAUGUAUAUGCACAAUGAUUUCAACAGUGUACAUGGAAAGGAUUUUUUAGAAAAUCUAUUAUGAUGAAUAAACUUGUACCUGCAAAAGAGAUGUGAAAAUAUAUACCCCAUCUCCACCUCACCCCUCUUUGCAGAGAAUAUCCAUAGGUGUGAAACCCUGCAUGUACUUGGGGGUUAGAGAUAUUUUGAGAAAUUAAAGUGAUAUGAAAAUAAAAGAUCUCAAUAAAAAAUGUUUUAAGUUGAAUCAAAAAAUACACACAUACACACACAACACAAAUAAUCCAACUCUUUUCUAAAAAAAUACAUUAAUAGUACCUAUGUGAAUUCUUGAACUAUCUGCUAUUUUCAUCUAUUAAAUAGUUAGAGGACUAAUGCUUAAGUAUCAGAAAUGAGGUUGAAUUUGUGUUUUGCUAAGCUGUCGACCUUUAUUACAUGAUAAACAUUGAGUAUCUAAAAAAAGUCUUUGUUAUGAAAUAUUAAAAGUAGGAAAGAUUUUUGUAGAUUUGUAUAUAAAUCAUAUGUGUAAAUAUGUAGUUUAACUAUUUAGUUCCCCCUGUUAUUGACCACUAUAGUAGUUCAUAAUAAGUCCAUAGUUCAAUAAUUUUUCUAUCAUGUUACAAAUAUGAUAUCUCUGCUCAGUGGCAAGCUCAGGGAAGCAGGAAGAAACAAUUCAGUUUUGGGAAGUCACAAAUAUUAAUAAGAAAUGUAGAAUCUUAAAGCCAAACCCAGAAAGAGCUUCAGGGACCAUGGGGGUCCUUUACAAAUGAGGAAACUGAAACGAAGGAAAUAUUAACUUAUCAAAGGCAGGUUUUGAAAUUAAUUGUUCUGAUCCCAAAGCCAAUAAUUUCCCCUCUAUAUCCCUCUGCCUCUACUCCAUUUACAACUCUACACUCUAAGGUUUAUAAAGCACUUUCCUCACGAUUAAAUGAGAAUAAACAGGAAAAGCAGAAUUCUAUAAGUUAGUGGGUGCUCAGUCUGCAAACACCAGUCUUUAAAAUAAUGGGAAGCAAAUAGCUAAAGCUCUUGCUAUCUACUUUCCCAGCAGAGUCUAACAAGCUGAAGAUUUAUAAUGGCAAGGAGUGAUGGUACUGAGAAUAGAUCUCAAUCAUUCUUCACUCUUUCCUUUGUUCCCACAUUGGGUCACUGUGGCCUUGCAUGAGAAACAUGAAAAGGAAAUUGUCAGUAUCUUGUCAAUUCUCAAAGCUUGUUUUAAAACACAAUUAAAAAAAAAAAAACCUUU